CCACCAUCAUCACCAUCACCAUCACCACCACCACCACCACCAUCACCACCAUCACCACCACCAUCAUCACCAUCACCAUCACCACCACCACCACCACCAUCACCAUCACCACCAUCACCAUCACCAUCACCACCACCACCAUCACCAUCACCAUCAUCACCAUCACCAUCACCACCACCACCACCACCAUCACCAUCACCACCAUCACCAUCACCAUCACCACCACCAUCACCACCAUCACCAUCACCACCACCACCACCACCAUCACCACCAUCACCACCACCAUCACCACCAUCACCACCACCAUCAUCACCAUCACCACCACCAUCACCACCACCACCACCACCAUCACCACCACCACCAUCACCAUCACCACCAUCACCAUCACCAUCACCACCACCAUCACCACCAUCACCAUCACCACCACCACCACCACCAUCACCAUCACCACCAUCACCAUCACCAUCACCACCAUCACCACCACCAUCACCACCAUCACCACCACCAUCAUCACCAUCACCAUCACCACCACCACCACCACCAUCACCAUCACCACCAUCACCAUCACCAUCACCACCACCAUCACCACCAUCACCAUCACCACCACCACCACCACCAUCACCAUCACCACCAUCACCAUCACCAUCACCACCAUCACCACCACCAUCACCACCAUCACCACCAUCACCAUCACCACCACCAUCACCACCAUCAUCAUCACCACCACCACCACCACCAUGACCACCACUACCACCAUCACCACCAUUACCACCAUCAUCACCAUCACCAUCACCACCACCACUACCACCAUCACCACCAUUACCACCAUCAUCAUCAUCACCACCAUCAUCACCACCAUCACCACCACCAUCACCAUCACCACCACCACCAUCACCACCACCAUCACCACCAUCACCACCACCAUCAUCACCAUCACCAUCACCACCACCACCACCACCAUCACCAUCACCACCAUCACCAUCACCAUCACCACCACCAUCACCACCAUCACCAUCACCACCACCACCACCACCAUCACCAUCACCACCAUCACCAUCACCAUCACCACCAUCACCACCACCAUCACCACCAUCACCACCAUCACCAUCACCACCACCA